AUGCAAGUUGACGGCCAGCGGGAGCGGAAAGCUGCAGCAAUGACGGGGCGGAAUGAACCCUUUCUCGCAACCAAGCCUCCCACCAAGCACCCAAAAGUGCUUGAGGAUGUUCAUGCCGAGCAUAGCAAUAAAAAUUUCGCAUCGCAAGGAAAUGAGCCCAAUGUUGGCUCCCCAAAGCAAAAUGCGUUUUCUCUCACCAGUCUGUGGAAGAGAGGGGGGCAUCACAUGCGCCGCUUGAGUAGGCCAGAAAACACUCAACCUCAAUCACCCAAGCCAGCCUCAUCGCCCACUCCAGUCGAAGCGCCCUCGCCUAAACCAGAGGUGCAGCCUGAGAGAGAUCCGUCGGAUUUAAAUCCAGAGAUUUCGAGCGUGCCGAUUUUGAAAAAGAGCAAUGCGUUCGACCUAGACUCCAUUAUCUGGGACGAAUCCUCUGGAAAUCGCAAGAACUAUCAAACCCCCGUCGACCUUGACAACAUUAUCGCCAGGCUCUUGCAGGUCGGACACUCUAAGCCUACAAAGAGGGUCUGCAUCGAAAACGCCGAGAUUAUUGCAGUUUGCGCGGCUGCACGCAACCUUCUUCUGUCACAGCCGAUCCUGCUAGAACUGGACGCCCCCAUCAAAAUCGUCGGUGAUAUCCAUGGUCAAUACCCGGAUCUCAUUCGACUAUUCGAGCAAUGUGGACGCCCUCCUCUAUCCAACUACCUUUUCCUAGGAGACUAUGUCGACCGCGGCAAACAGAGUCUUGAGACUAUGCUUCUGCUUCUAUGCUACAAGCUUAAAUACCCGGGCAAUUUCUUCCUGUUACGAGGUAAUCAUGAAUGCGCCAGCGUCUCCCGUGUCUAUGGAUUCCAUGACGAAUGCAAGCGAAGAUGCAACAUCAAGAUCUGGAAGACAUUCACCGAUGUCUUCAACUGCCUCCCGAUCGCUGCGAUAGUCGCAGAGAAAAUUUUCUGUGUCCAUGGCGGUCUUUCACCUAAUCUUUUCGACAUGAACGAAAUUCGCAAACUCACACGUCCCAUCGAAGUGCCCGAACACGGUCUUCUAACCGAUCUUUUAUGGAGUGACCCCGCAAAUAUCAAAGACUGGGGACCCAAUCCCGACCGUGGCGUUAGCUGGUGCUUUGGGAAACCGGUUGUUGCGAAAUUCCUCAAGCGCAACAAUUUGGACCUAGUCUGCCGAUCGCAUGCUGUUGUGGAAGAGGGAUAUGAAUUUUUUGGCAAUAAAGGCCUUGUUACGAUUUUUUCCGCACCGAAUUACUGUGGUGAAUUCGACAACUGCGGGGCCAUCAUGUCCGUUUCAAAAGAGCUUCUUUGCAAUUUCGUUAUGCUGAAGCCACCGAAUUGGAAGCCACCGUCCAAGAGAUCUGCAAAUGUCAAGGAAUCUACUUCUAGAGAGAAGGCUCUGUGA